UCCUAUAAAUGGAUCCCAGGAGAAUGAAAGGGAAGGAAGGCACUGUCCUGGGUCAGUCCAGCACAGAGGGAUCCCCACUGAGGGCUGUUCACCUGCCCUGGGGACACAGAACACACAUGACCUGCCCUACUGGAGCUCAGGCAGGCACCUCCCCAGGAAGUAUCAGUAUCCCAAGGAUACAUGGGAUUCACUGAGCUCCUGAUGUCCCUACCUCCUGCCAGCACCUCACAACACCACAGACGGAGCCAGCAUGCCAGUCACCAAGUGUCCAAGAAAAUCAGAGCCACUGUGGAAAGGGUGGGACCGGAAAGCCCAGAAGAACGGACUGAGACACCAAGUGUUUGCAGUGAACGGAGAUCACUAUGUGGGGGAAUGGAAGGGCAACUUGAAACACGGGAAAGGAACACAGGUCUGGAAGAAGAGUGGCGCUAUCUAUGAAGGGGACUGGAAGUUUGGGAAGCGAGAUGGUUAUGGCACCCUCAGUCAUCCAGACCCAGAGACCGGAAAGCUCAGGAGAGUGUAUUCAGGCUGGUGGAAAGGCGAUAAGAAAUCGGGCUAUGGGAUCCAGUUUUUCGGACCCAAGGAGUAUUAUGAGGGUGAGUGGUGUAGCAACCAGCGCAGCGGGUGGGGACGCAUGUACUACAACAACGGCGACAUCUACGAGGGCCAGUGGCAGAACGACAAGCCUGAAGGGGAGGGCAUGUUGCGGCUGAAGAACGGGAACCGGUAUGAGGGCAGCUGGGAGAGAGGUAUGAAGAACGGGCAUGGACGUUUCUUCCACCUGGACCAUGGUCAGCUGUUUGAAGGCUUCUGGGUGGACAACGUGGCCAAGUGUGGCACCAUGAUCGACUUUGGCCGUGAUGAGGCCCCUGAACCCACCCAGUUCCCCAUUCCUAAGGUGGAGAUUCUAGAUCCAGAUGGUGUGCUGAAGGAAGCGUUGGAUAAACUGAUGAAGACUGAGGAAGAAGGGGAGUGAGGUCACGUGAGAAGACACAGCUGUCUGCCAUCUCUUGUGAAGCCGAAGCCUCUCCUCGUCCCUGAACAAUGCUGAUCUUCUGGUAUCACUAACAGGCUCUGGGCAGGACCAGAGAGGGCAAAUUUCCUGCCUCCUAUAGUCCAGCUUUUCUUUCUUGGCUACUCCUCUUUGAAACACGUGUUCUUAGAAGACCCAGUGCAUCCCA